AAAGAAGAAGUUGCCAAUUUGGAGAUAGACAUGCAGCUUGACACCUUCGCCUGCAUGAAGAGCCGCAGUGCGGUUGUCGUUGUCCAUUUUAUCUUUCAAUGCUUUGAAAGGCCGUUGUCAUAAACUCAUCAGCCAAACAAUCCCCAACUAAUGGAGUUUUACUGCUUUAAUUUUUCCUAGUUUUUCUAAACCUUCGAGUACAUCCGACGUAACCCAACCUAAAAGCCAUCAAAGGAAUAGACUUUGGAAUUUCCUUUGGGAACCAUGAAGCUCUAGUUUCCAAAUCCCAUUGCACCACCGUAACUUAGGAGACACUUUGGAGCUCGCUGCAUAUAAUUCACUCACACGCUAAGCCAAACCAAGUCUCGAAGUAAAUUCAUCAUGGACCCUUCCUCCGCCACUCCUCUCCCCCGCCAAAAUCCGUGGUGGCGCCGCCAUGUGCUUCUCAAAACCAGCCUCUCCUCCGAACUCUCUGGAGCAGUGGGUGACCUUGGCACCUUCAUCCCUAUAGUUCUCACACUCACUCUGGUUUCCCACCUUGACCUUUCCACCACCCUAAUCUUCACCUCCCUUUACAACAUUUCCACUGGCCUCCUCUUCGGUGUUCCAAUGCCCGUCCAGCCCAUGAAGUCCAUCGCCGCCGUUGCCGUCUCUGAGCUCCCCCAUCUCACCACAGCCCAGAUCGCCACCGCAGGUGCCACCACCGCCGCCACCCUCCUUAUACUCGGUGCCACCGGCCUCAUGUCCUUCUUCUACAGCUUCAUCCCUCUCCCUGUUGUCCGCGGCGUUCAGCUCUCCCAGGGCCUUUCUUUCGCCUUUUCUGCCAUCAAAUACAUUCGAUACAAUCAAGAUUUUAUCGCUUCCAAAUCUACCACUCCUCGGUCUUGGCUUGGUCUUGACGGUCUCAUUCUUGCUAUUUCUGCUUUCCUGUUUCUAGUUCUCACCAACGGCUUCGGUGGUGAUAAUCACACAAUCGACGACAAUGAUAACAAUUCGUUGACCCGCCCUCAGCGACGGAUGAGUAAAAGAUUGCGGGUUUUGUCCGCAAUUCCUUCUGCUCUUAUAGUUUUCUUAUUUGGGUUGGUAUUAUGUUUCUUUCGGGAUCCUUCCAUCAUCAAUGAUCUUAAAUUUGGUCCAUCAAGAAUCCAGCUGCUGAAAAUUACAUGGGAAGAUUGGAAAAUCGGUUUCUUGAGAGGGGCAAUCCCACAAAUCCCACUGUCCAUAUUGAAUUCUGUAAUUGCAGUGUGUAAACUAUCCACUGAUUUGUUCCCAGAUCACGAAUUGUCCGCGACAAAAGUUUCUUUUAGUGUUGGGGUGAUGAAUUUGGUUGGUUGCUGGUUUGGGGCCAUGCCUGUGUGCCAUGGAGCAGGUGGGCUGGCAGGGCAGUACAGGUUUGGUGCCAGGAGUGGUGCGUCAGUGGUUUUUCUGGGGAUAGGAAAGCUAGCGAUUGGAUUGGUGUUUGGAAACUCUUUUGUGAAGAUUUUGAGUCAAUUCCCAAUUGGAAUUCUUGGAGUGCUCUUGUUGUUUUCAGGGAUUGAGCUGGCUAUGGCAUCUAAAGAUAUGAACACAAAAGAACAAUCUUUUGUGAUGUUGGUUUGUGCUGCUGUUUCGUUAACUGGGUCUAGCGCUGCAUUGGGUUUUGGGUGUGGGAUUUUGCUUCAUCUGCUGCUAAAAUUGAGAAGCAUGGAGUGUUCUUGUUUUGGGUUUUCCAGGUGCAGCUCUAAAACUUCUGCUGAUGAGGAAUCUGCUCUCAUUCCUUCAGAUUAGAGAAUUUUCUAAAGCAUUCACCAUGAAAUGUCCUAUUUUAGAUGAUUUAGAAUCUUGCAAAAUAUUUGCUGAAAUUACAAAGCUAUCUAAUGAUAAAGGCAUGAGAUGGCUGUGGACAAAUAGGGGAUCGAUUUAUGAGAGGAAGAAAAGUUAUUUUCUAUUGCAAAACACAUUUUAUUGAGAAAAAUUGUUGUAAAAUAUGCAUAUUGAAAAUAAUUAGAAAGAGAAAUUCUUUUUUCGUUGA